AUGCUAUCGGACCGCGUUGAAUUACCCAAUGUGAUUCCUGAGGAUUCUGAAGAAAGCGACUACGAUGACGUCCCACCAAUGAAAGCACCACUAACACGAAUUAUGAGACGGUUUUCGGAAGAUGUUUGUACCCGAAAAAGCGGCUCUCUUUCAAGCGAACACAACUCGCGUUAUGCUUCUGAAAUGAGGGAAAAAUGGAGAAAAACGAAAUCUGAGGAGUACGAAUUCAAGACUCGUCCUACGGAAAGGAUGGAAGCUUUGGAUGAAGAUCACAGUGAUAUAAAGGAGAUCAUAGCCCAAUUGGACUUUUUCUCAACGUUACGAUAUCGCCGAAUCGGAAGCAUCUAUGGUUAUCACUUCGAAGGCGGUCGGCUUUCAAUUUUUCGAACAUUCCUACCGUCUGGAACAGUGGCCGAUCACCUGAAAACUGCUCCUUUGCAGGAAUGCGUCGCCAAACGAUAUUUUCGACACUUAUUAGAAGCACUUGAGUUUCUACACGAACGUAACGUCACUCACGGUGGCAUAAAAACUUCAAAUUUGCUAGUGACGCUUUCUGGAAGCAUCCAGGUUGUCGAUAUUACCUUACCACAUUCUCCCACACAUGACAGCCAUAAAAGGCGAACACUUCUUCAUUGUGCUCCGGAAAUGUUCAAAACGAUGGACUCCUGGUCAGAAAUCAGUCAACCAGCUGACAUUUGGGCCGCAUGUUGCGUUCUUGUGGCUAUGGUUACCCGAUUUGCACCAUUUCAAGACCACUUCUUAUCGCUUUCCACACAAGAAUUGCACGAGAGACUUCUCGAAGCUCAUAAACCUGGAUCACGAUCUGAUUUGAACUACACGAGUCGAACGUUGAUACCGACUUCCAGUAAGGACUUUGCCGAUAUCGUUGAUGCGGCCUAUGAAGAAAAUCCGACCAAGAGGCCUCGAGCCUCAGAGGUAUCAUCUACUUGGAUUAAGUGCUUCUAA